AUGUCUUCUGGAACUCUUUCUGAAAACAAAGAGUCGGAAGCCUAUGGGAAGAAUGGAUCACAUGAGCGUUCUCAAGUACAGGUCGUCAAGAAUCGCGCGCAGGAUUCGAAGGUUUGUCCCCCGAAUGAUGAUCAUCAUCAACAGGCAGACUCUUCUCGACAAGUGUUUCUAUCAAGCUCGCGGUCGGUUGACGGCUUGCAAGCUCUUCGACAAGGGAAUUACAUCCUCAGACGCAAGUUCAGCAGUCAAUCUCUUCAUGGCGGCAGUCGGAUCGUUCCCACUCGAUUGAUUGGGAAUAAUCACUCUGCUGAUCAUGAUCAUGGCUCUUUAUAA